GAAAUGGAAGAUGACGUCGAUGUCCUCGUUUUGGACAACGGCUCCGGCGUGUUCAAGGCCGGUUUUGCCCGAGAUGACGCCCCCCGCGCCGUCUUCCCGUCCAUUGUCGGACGCCCCAAACACCAGGCUGUGAUGGUGGGAAUGGGACAGAAGGACAGCUACGUGGGAGACGAAGCCCAGAGCAAGAGAAGCAUCCUGAAGCUGAAGUAUCCCAUCGAGCACGGCAUCGUCACCAACUGGGACGACAUGGAGAAGAUUUGGCAUCACACCUUCUACAACGAGCUCCGUGUUGCUCCUGAGGAGCAUCCAGUCCUGCUGACCGAGGCUCCACUCAACCCCAAGGCCAACAGGGAGAAGAUGAUACAGAUCAUGUUUGAGACCUUCAACAGUCCUGCCAUGUAUGUGGCCAUCCAGGCCGUCCUGUCUCUGUACGCCUCCGGUCGUACCACAGGUAUUGUGAUGGACUCCGGUGACGGUGUCAGCCACGCUGUGCCCAUCUACGAGGGUAACGCUCUGCCUCACGCCAUCCUCCGUCUGGACCUGGCUGGAAGAGAUCUGACUGACUAUCUGAUGAAGAUCCUCACUGAGAGAGGCUACAGCUUCACCUCUGGUGCUGAGCGUGAGAUCGUGCUUGACAUUAAGGAGAAGCUCUGCUACGUGGCUCUGGACUUCGAGCAGGAGAUGCAGACGGCAGCUUCCUCUUCCACCCUGGAGAAGAGCUACGAGCUUCCUGACGGACAGGUCAUCACCAUCGGCAACGAGAGGUUCCGCUGCCCCGAGACGCUCUUCCAGCCUUCAUUCAUCAGAAUGGAGGCAGCUGGCAUCCACGAGAUGACCUACAACAGCAUCAUGAAGUGCGACGUGGACAUCCGUAAGGACCUGUACGCCAACACUGUGCUGUCCGGCGGCACCACCAUGUACCCCGGCAUCGCUGACCGCAUGCAGAAGGAGAUCACCGCUCUGGCCCCACCCACCAUGAAAAUAAAGAUCAUCGCUCCCCCAGAGAGACCGUACUCUGUCUGGAUCGGUGGCUCCAUCCUGGGCUCCCUCUCCACUUUCCAGCAGAGGUGGAUCAGCAAGCAGGAGUACGAUGAGUCCGGCCCCUACAUUGUCCAUCGAAAGUGCUUCUAG